AUGAUAUUGACUUUCAUACUAAUACUUUCCAUUGGAGCAGUGCUUUGUGACAAACCUGACUACAAAGAUGACAUCAUUGACACACCAAUCUUCAAUGUCACUAACUCUGAAGCUAAGAAACCCAAUCCAGUACCAGAAGACAAACAUCAGACCCAACCCACAAAACAACCCCUUCCAGAAUAUUACAACCCUCCUUUUGAUCCUGAGAACCCAUCAGAACCAUUAUUUACAAAGUCAGGGGCUCGUCUUAUAACAAUCAAUGAACUAUCCGCACAUGGUAGUGUUAAUGGUACCUUACGUCCAAUAUGGCUGGCAGUAAUGGGGCGUGUCUACGAUGUAGAAAAAAGGUAUGAUAGCCAUUAUGGUCCAAAAGGAGGAUACAAUUUUUUCACUGGACGUGACGGAUCAAAAGCUUUUGUUACUGGAAAAUUUGAUGAUGAAGGCCUCACAGACGAUGUCUCAGAAUUAACACCUAUACAACUCAAAGAUAUUGAGGACUGGAUACACUUUUAUGACAAGGACUACACAUAUGUUGGUAAACUUAUAGGACGUUACUAUGACAAAACAGGAAACCCUACCAAAGAAUUGUACAAAUAUCAGAGGAAUCUGGCUAAAGCUGAAGAGAUCAAAGCAGAGCAGCAAGCCCAAGAAAAGCAGUUCCCUCCUUGUAAUUCCCGUUACACACCUGCUGAAGGAGGAUUAGUCUACUGUUCUACAAAUAGUGGUGGUAUUCAACGAGACUGGGAGGGACUUCCUCGAAGGUAUUUCAUUCCUGGUACAAAGGACUGGUGUUGUGCUUGUGUUAAUGACAAAGACUUAGACAAUCCUCACAUUAAAUUGUAUCCUGGGUGUGCACCUAAUGCUCCUAAAUGCAAAGUCGAUAAACAAAAAAUGAGAGAGGAACUCUGA